AAACUCUUCACCAUUCUUAUCUUCUUCUUCUCCUCCUCUAAUGACCAUGGAGUCCAAGCCAAGCUCAACAAACAAUAAUCUUAGUAUAACUGUAGAAAGAAAUCCAUCUGAAUCACGCUUAUCUGAACUGGGUAUCAAGUCAUGGCCCAAAUGGGGUUGUCCACCUGGGAAAUUCCCACUCAAAUUUGAUGCAGAAGAAACUUGCUACUUACUCAAAGGGAAAGUGAAAGCUUACACAAAAGGGUCAUCGGAGUUUGUCGAGUUCGGCGCCGGCGAUCUUGUGAUCAUUCCAAAGGGUCUCAGUUGCACUUGGGACGUAUCUGUUGCAGUGGAUAAACACUACAAAUUCGAUUCUUCUUCCUCACCUUCUUCGUCUUCUUCUUAUUCUUAUUAGCAGUCUUUAAUUUUCACUAUUCUUCAAUUAAAAUUUUCUG